AUGCGAACUUCUCAAGUAGACGACGAUGACUCGGUCACUGCAGAUCGCCGAUCGACUGUUUCCAUGUCGAGUCUUCCUCCUACCUCUCUGGGGGUCAUUCCAGAGGACGCGGGAGGGCUUGGAGAGACUGGGGGUACAGGGACGGGAGCCGGUCUCCCGCUGCCGUCUUGCUGUUCCGAUGGAGCUGCCAGGGUUGCUUCACAAGGAGGCGAGGAACCCCUAGGGACCUUCCACAUGUGGAAGCGAUUAAUUCUGAAGACAUUGUCAGGAGGUCAAACCCCCCCCCAAGCCCCUGACAGGCGCUCCUCUUCUGUGACCCAGUUGGCGACGCCUCCGGGAAAGACUUCUAGCGUAAUCAGCUCAGGCUCACCAGAUGUGAACAACCUGUGGAGCCGGCAGUCAGGACGGUCUUCGUUCUCUCAUCCAGAGUCUGUGUCUAGUAACUUAGGCCGGUGCUUUGACAUCUCUACUACUCAUUACAACCGAAAACAUGCGGAGGCGGAAGAAAAGGAACGGAUCCUCUCAUGCUUGGCACUAGCAUUGCCUCCCAUGCGCAUGGUCAAGAUGUUCGGCCUCACAGUAAACAAGACGUAUUAUGCCAGCGAGAUAGGCUGGACGACGAUCAUGCCGUUCGUUCUGUUCUCGGCAAUCCUGGGCGGCGUCGAGUGGCCAAAGUUUGCGCUCAUCACCCUCGUUGAGUCCAUCUCUGUUGUGAUCGCCGUUUCUUUUCUACCAACAACAUUAAGUCCCUGCAGCAGAGUCCCCCUACAAGUAAUCAACUUCGUCGCGAUGAUUAUCGCCAAUUUCACGGUGCGGCGCCUGGAGAUAUACAGACGACUGCGAUACCUGGAAUAUCGAUUUGCGGCUGGGCAACUCCGAUGCUUCGAGGACGAGGCGGCACGAUUCAUCAAGGCGACACCGGUGGAAGACGCCUUCUACUGCAUCAAAGAAUCAGAGAUCAAGUUGUCUUUUUUCGACGAGCAUGCUGCAACGGAUCCAUACCUCUUCUAUCGGGAGGACAGACCUUCCCCGUUACCCGCCGAGCCUGACGCCGAUCAGGGGGUUGUCGGAGAGAGCCGACCUAGUGGGGCCGAAGGAGCUGCAACUCUGGGAGAAUAUAAUCUAUCGAUAUCCGAAUCUGGUGGUGAAAAUGCAGAAAACAUAGCAUCAAUAAAAAGGAGGCAGAAGAAUAGAGGAACAUCAGACCGGACCCCCGAAGCUGCAGGUGAUAGCAUGCCAAUUCCCGAACCAGUGCUCUUCCAGAGAGAGGCGUCUCCUGUACCCGUCAAGUCGAACAAACGGAGGCGCCAUUCCACUGAUGCACGACGCAUGCAAGGAGAAAACAGAAAUGAAGAUUAUGACAAGUUUGGGGAUGCGCUCGCAUGUGCAUUUGGAAUUACGGGAUCUCAACUGCGAGCAAAAACGCGUCUAGGCAGGAUUAACCAGUCGCGACCAAGAAAGAUAAGUUUCUCUUCGCUCGGAGCGGCAAAUCUACCAACUGAAGAAAAACACAAGGACGAACAUCUCUCCGUUGCCACCAUCGAAACCAUUGACGAUCGCCUCCUUGGCUUGGUUGCGCGUGUUGGAGAAGACUGGGACUUGAAUAUGUUUGAGCUGUGCGAGCAAUCCAACAGAAUGACAUUGAUGGCAACAGGAUUUCGCCUACAGCAGUACAGGCACAACCCCUACCACAAUGAACAGCAUGGCGCAGCGGUGGCGCACAUGAUGGUUUUCCUUCUUCGUGCUUGCCACGUUUGGACCAUGUUCAAGCCUCUGCACCAGACAGCCAUCAUUGUCGCGGCUCUUGUGCACGACGUCGGACACUUCGGCAUGAACAAUAAUUACGUGGUGAACAGCGGGCAUCCUCUUGCGAUCACCUACAAUGACCGAUCUGUCUUGGAAAACUUCCAUUCCGCUCUGGCGUUCCGAAUAAUGACCAUGCACGGCACUGAAGUAUUCGACGUUGCGGAAACAUUUUCGUCGGAGGACAAGCGCGAUUUCCGGAAAUACAUUAUCGAACUCGUCUUGGAGACCGACAUUUUCUUUCACUAUAAGUUCAUUGGCCGGUUCCGUCUACGGCGACCGAUGUCGUCAUUUUUCAAGCUCUUGGGAGAAAGAGGCACCCAUUCAACCAACGACCAGAAUAAUGCCCCUCCCUUGAGUUUCCCGACGAAAACCCGAACUGAUCUCGACGAGGCGUCCGAGGAAGAUAUCAAGGACCUCAAUCUACUGGCCAAGGCUUGCAUCCGAGGUGCCGAUGUAGGGUGA